AUGUCUGAUGGGAAGUGCACAAUAUUCUUCCCUAAGGAUUUAUGUGAAGAAACAACCAUAUUACAAAAUGGUUUUACACAGUAUGCACGUCCAAACAAUGGAAGAACUGUUACAAAAAAUGGAUCUGAGAUUGAUAACGGCUUUGUGGUUCCUCACAACGUAGACUUAGUUGUCAAGUUUCAGGCACAUAUAAAUGUGGAGAAAGUUAAUUAUGAUGGUAUGCACAAAUAUCUUUUCAAAUAUGUAACAAAGGGCUUUGAUUGUUCGAGGGUUGGAUUCCACUCUAAUGCUUCAAGCUCACAAUCAUCGAGCGAACCUGUUAAUGAAAUAGAUAAUUAUCUAGAAUGUCGUUGUGUUACUCCAAAUGAUGCUGCUUGGCGAUUGCAGCAGUUUGACAUUCACCACACGGAUCCCUCCGUAGAACGCCUCCCUGUCCAUCUUCCGUUUGAGAACAAUGUUGUUUUUACUGAAGAUGAUGACCUUGAAGAGGUCAUUGAAGAUCCAACCAACUCUAAAUCCAAACUGACUGCAUGGUUAGAAGCUAAUAGGGACAACCCCUCUGCUCGGCAACUUACAUAUAUAGAAUUCCCUGAAUCUUGGACAUGGCACAAUAAAGAUAAAUACUGGGAUGGCCGUCACGGUUCUCAACAUAGAAUUGGCCGCAUUGCUCAUGUCAGCCCUUCACAGGGAGACACAUACUAUCUUCGAAUGCUACUUCACAUUGUAAAGGGCCCAAGAUCUUUUGCUGAAAUCAGAACUGUGUCAGGACGUGAAUACCCUACAUUUCGAGCAGCAUGUGAAGCAUUAGGCCUCCUUGGUGAUGACCAAGAGUGGUCAAAUGCUUUAAAAGAUGCAGCUCAAUGGGCCUUACCAUUCCAACUUCGCCAGCUUUUUGUUACAAUGUUACUUUUUUGUGAGGUAACAAAUCCUACAAGACUUUUCAAUGAACAUGCAUCACAUAUGAGCGAAGAUAUAGCAUAUCGAGUGGUCCGCAACACUUCUCAGGCCAGCAGCUCCACACAUCCUUAUGUUAGAUCUUCUCUUCUUAUUGAGUUAGAUAAAUUGCUAAGAGAUGCUGGAUAUGACUUAUCUCAUUUUAGUUUGCCACUGCCAGAUGAUAUUGGAACUAUUUCUGCACAGAAUAGGCUUCUUCUUGAUGAACUUAGUUAUGAUGUUUAUGACAUGUCAUCCACUAUAGAUGAGGCUAUUUCAGGUUUAAAUAACAACCAGAAAGAAGUUUAUAAUGCUAUCUACAGAUUUGCAAUAGAUAAUGAGGGACAUACUUUCUUUGUUUAUGGGUAUGGAGGAACCGGAAAAACAUUCUUAUGGACAACUUUGCUUAAUUCCAUAAGAAGACAAGGAAAGAUUGCCUUAGCUGUUGCAUCAUCAGGGAUUGCAUCCUUGCUACUUCCAGGUGGACGAACACCUCAUUCCCGUUUCAAAAUCCCAUUGGAAAUUACUAAGAAUUCCAUGUGCAGUAUAAAGAAAAAUACACAUCUAGCUGAACUGAUCCAAAAAACUUCUCUCAUUGUCUGGGAUGAGGCUCCUGUUAAUCAUAAAUAUUGCUUUGAGGCAUUGGAUCGUACUCUACGAGAUAUAUUAUCUGAUACAAGCUCAGGCUCAAUGGACAAACAAUUUGGAGGUAUAACAGUAGUUCUUGGUGGAGAUUUCCGCCAAACACUCCCAGUCAUCCAAAAUGCAACAAAGCAACAGAUUUUGAAAUCAUGCAAAUUAACUCAUAUUUAUGGAAUCAUUGCAAACUUCUUCAAUUAUCUGAAAAUAUGA